CUUUCCUUGUACCCUAAGUUAUUAAUUUGGUUUUGCAUUUGGGAUCAUUUCAUUGUGUAAACUUGCUUUGUUGAAUUCAUUUGGUGCUAUGUGUUCAUGAUCUCCAUUCAUAACAGGGGGCAUCAGCUUUUGCAAUGGACUAAUGGAGUAUGGUUCUUUUGGGUGUGUGUGUGUGUUUUCGGUUUCGAAAAGAUAAAUGCAUGAUGCAUUUUGGUAUAAAGUUUGGACCUUUGAUUGGAACAAUGGUAUGCAUAAUGCAUUUUGGUAAAAAGUUUGGACCUUUGAUUGAACAAGUGGUAUCCACUAUCCAUAAAGCACUUUGGUAAAAAGGUUGGACCUUUGAUUGAAAUAAUGGUAUGAAUAAUGCAUUUUGGUAUCAAGUUUGGACCUUUGGUUGAAACAAUGUUAUUGGAGGAGAACAAUGAGCUGUUCUUGGCAAUAAUGGAAUUACAAAACCAGGGAAGAUUCAUUGAAAUCACCCAGUAUCAGAUCAGGCUUCAGAAUAACUUGAUAUUUCUAGCAAAGCUUGCUGAUAAUGAUCCUCAAGCAAAGACGCUUUCCCAGGAGCAAGACCGACAACAAUCUCAUGUAGCAAUGUCCCAGCAACAACAAUGGCAAGGCAUGCAGUCUCAACCUCAUGUAGCAAUGUCCCAGAAACAACAAGGACAAGGCAUGCAGCCUCAAUCUCAUGUAGCAAUGUCCUGGCAACAACAAGGGCAAGGCACGCAGCCUCAACCUCAUGUAGCAAUGUCCCAGCAACAACCAGAUCAUGCCUCCUUAACCUUGCCUAUGGUGGGUAUGAAUGAUGAGCAGCAGCAGCAAGAGAAACAGCAUCUGCCAAUUCCUCUACAAAAAUCGGGUCUCUCGACUUCAAAUCAGCCUUUCCAGAUGAAUGAGCAGCAGCAUAAUCUCCAAGCUUUCUUCCGGCAGCAGCUUCAACAUGUCCCCAGAACCAGUGAAAGCAUGUAUCAGGCCUCUCAAACCAGACUCGGUAGCAUGACUGAUGCCCCACCAAGCAACCAUUUUGGCUCAGGCAUGGGUCCUAGUUGGUCUUAGAGAAGUCAUCAUCAUUAUGUUCUGGUGAAGAACUGGAAAUACAAACACCAUAAAGAUGUUUUCAGCUCAACUGAUAUCUUUUUUUUUCAACAGUAACUGAAUAGAUAUAAAAGUGAAAAAUACUACUUUUUUAUCGGAUUAGCUGUUAUUUUGUUACCUAAUUUUAUUGCUACUGCUCAAUCUGAGUUCCCUUUAAAUCUGAUGACGCUGGGGGUAGUAGGCGCCGCCAUAUGCAAAAAUGUUUACCUUAAGCCUACAGAAGUUAGCCUUGAGAUGGUUCCAAUCUCUACCUCUGAGAUUCAUAAGAUGUUGGGAUAGCUUAGCCUUUGGGUUCAUUCACA